AUGAUUAGACCAGGGAUUAGAUCUUUUUCUACACGUAGUCGUGUAUUCAAAUUGUCACCAAAAGAAUUUAUGAACAAAGUCCAACAAGAAAAAAUUGAAAAUGAACAAUUCAAACAAGCAUUAUCAAAAGAUCAACAAGAAUAUAAUCCUCAAAUAUUAAGUUCCCAUAAAUUAACUCAUAAAAGACCAACUCCAAUAAAUGUUGAAUUAUUGAAAUAUAAACCAUUAAGAUUACCAAAAACUCAUGGUGAUCAAGUUGCCACUUUGACUUUAAGAGGUUAUGAUGAAGACGAAUUAAUUAGAAUUGGGGAAUUUGCAUUAAGAACUGCGUACUACAUGGGUAUACCUAUGUCAGGAUUAGAAAGUCUUAAAACUGAAAAGAGAUUAUAUACUGUUAUCAAAUCACCAUUUGCUCAAGCUAAAACUAAACAAAAUUUCCAUAGAAUCACAUAUAAUAAGAAAUUAGUUGCAUAUGAUGCUAAUCCAGAGAUUAUUGAUUUGUGGUUAUCUUAUUUGAACAAAUACAAGUUCCCAAAUGUUGAAUACAAGGCUACUGUUGUGUCUUAUGAAUCGUUAGACUAUGUUAAUGAAUUGAAAGCAUUAAAGGAAUUCAACUUGCCUGAUGCUUAUGAAGGUCUUGAAGAUCCAGUUGCUAAGAAAGUUCAAGAAUUGCUUAAUUCUUCGUCAUUUAAAGACCAUUUACAAAAAUAA